AUGACAGAUAUCGAUAUAAAAGAGCUGGCUGACUAUUGUCGUAUACCGUACGAAGAUAAUUCAAACGAACUACAAAAUAUUGAUGAUUUUGAACGAACUUACACUGCAGAAAAUGCAGUAUGGUGGUAUAGUCGUGACACAUUUCUAUAUAGAAUGCUCAAUAAAGCACUACGGACCAUGGAUAUAGAUACGAUUUAUGCAUUUCGUGUUUUUAUUCGACAUCUUCAUGAACAACUCCUUGAUCUUGCAUUGAAAAAUGAAUACAGAACUCCUCAUGUGCUUUUCCGUGGUUUAGGCAUGCCAAAUGAUGUAUUCGCACAGUUGAAAUCCAACGUUGGUGGAUUACUCUCUAUUUCUAAUUUUCUAUCGACAAGUGAAAGCGAAAAUGUAGCUCGUAUAUAUGCUGGUGGAGAUGAAGAGAGAACGACUGUUCUUAUGAUCAUUCUAAUGGAUCCUGCGAUUCGCUCAAAAGUUCCUGUCGGUAAUAUUGAUUGUCUUAGCCAAUAUGGAGGAGCAGAAUGUGAAUAUCUGUUUUCCAUGGGCAGCGUAUUUCGAAUUGUUUCUGUUGACCAAAAAGAAGAUGACCUAUGGGAAGCAGUGCUUAAAUUGACUGUAGAUCAAGAUCCUCAAAUGCUGGAAUUUUCCGACUUUGUAAGAGUGCAAAUUCAAAAUUCUGACAAUCCUUUAGUCACAUUAGGAAAUUUAACUAAUCGUAUACAUGAAACAAAUGGAGAACGAUUUUAUAUAAAGGCACUAGAGAACGAAACUGACUGGAGAGAACGAGCAAAGAUACUCGAUAUAUUGGGCGAUUUCUAUAAGAAUAUGGAUCAAUACGACAGAGCACUUGAAAGUUAUCAACAAGCAUUUGAUAUCAAACGAGAAAAUGAACCUGAAAACAAACAAUUACUCAGUGAAUCAUUUUUUUAUCUUGGUAAUAUAUACCACCUGAAGGAGAACUUUAACACUGCUCUGGAUUAUCUUCAGCGUUCUCUAGAAAUAGAAGUUAGCACCACCACUGAAUCUAUUCAAGAAAGUAUCGCCGAAAGAAACUACAAUAUUGCUCUUAUAUUUUACUUUCAGCAGAAGUACGAAGAAUCACUAAUUUACUUUAAUCGAGCACUCAAUAUUCGACUCAAAAUUCAUCCAAAGCGACAUAAUGAUAUCAGUGCCACAUAUUAUAUCAUAGGCCAUACGUUUCAUAAAUUAGGUCGAAUACAAGAAGCAUUCGAAUACGCCGAGAAGGCAGUUGCAAACUCUUUUUUCACAGGCGAUCGUGAAUCUCGACAAAGCUAUGAAAAAGAACUUGAAAAAGUAUAUGAGCAACUUGACUCACAAGCAUUUUGGCCGUAUAUAGGCACACUUAAUCUAUAUGAUGCCGGAGAUGGGAUGUUCUUAACUUGGGCUUAG